UUUUAAUAUGCUGGUGUAGGUAACUGACAUUUAACUAAAUUUGCAUGUUGAAUUGCAUUCAUUUGUUCUCAAUUUAAUAAGCCACACAGCUGCUUGGACCUGGAAGUAACACAAGUAUUAAUUGAUAUGGCCGACAGUUUAAUAGAACCAGGCCUGCUGUUUGCAAUGUCUGAUUGUGUAAAGAGAAUUGUUAUGGCGUAAUAUUUUAAAGUGCUACGCGUCUUUACUUUAUCACCGGACAUUGUUUUUAUUGAUUUUGAUUUACAAUCAUGGGAUCACGAGAAUCAAGUAUGGACACCAAUGAAGACCAGGAUGAUCCUAGUCUACUUGACUCAUUUUUAGAUUUCAUCUUGCCAUCGUUUAUUCGAAAGAAAGUAAAAGAUUCGGACAACGAAAGCAUAAAGGAAGAAGAACAACCACAAAGUCAACUGUCAGAACCACCAGAAAAUGGGGCAAAGGGUGAUGAACAAAUAACAGAGGGGAAACAAGAAAUAACAGAUCAGUCCCCUUCAAUAGAGAUCUCCCCUUCAGUGAAUCAAGAAGUAGAUCAAGCUUUAGUGGAAGCCAUGGAGCCAGUCAGUCAAUUUAUUGCAAUUCCCCCCUCUGAUUUAUUUUACGAAUUAGAAAUUUUGCUUAAAGAAGGAAGAAACCUUGCAAUUCGAGAUAAAAGCGGUUCAAGUGAUCCGUAUGUGAAGUUUAUUAUGAAUGGCAAACAGCAAUAUAAAAGCAAGACCAUCAACAAGAAUUUAAACCCUGUCUGGGAUGAGAGGUGCACACUGACAAUUAAUGAUGUCAACGAUCCAAUCACAAUUCAAGUUUAUGAUUAUGAUAGAGGGCCUGUGUCAGAUGACUUCAUGGGAUCGGCUCAGUUUUACCCAUCAUCACUCCAGCCUUCAGUUACAGCACGUAAAGAAUUUCCUUUGGUCGAUGAAGGGAGCACAGAUGAGCUUGGUUACCUCAUCUUGGAAUGCACUCUCGUUCCAAAGAGCAAAGCUGAAAGAGAACGGUUCUCUCCUAAUGUUGGUCGACAUUCUCUUAAACACCGUAAACGUCAUCAACAUCACCACCAAGAACACUCUGACCCGGAGUUGACCUCCGAAAAACAGGCAAUGGAGUCUGCUGCUAUCGAUGACAGACAUCAUCUUCAACGAGACACUGUGUUUGAAGAUGAUUUUUUACAUCAAUCUACAGAGUCACAAUCUCUUCACUCUUCUGUGGAUGACAAUACUUACCUGCAUCCAUCUCCCGAAAAUCAAUUACUUGCUCUUCUCCAUUCGUCAAAAACACGCAAAAAGACAGCCUCUCCAUUAAGAUUUUUCCGCCAUAAGGCGCAGUCCUGGUCUAAUGAAAUCCAUGCACUAUCCUCACCCCGCACUGUUAAGAAACUGAAAUGGCAGAAAGCAAUAACGAGUAAAAGCAGCCUCAGUGUAAACGAGGAGGAGGAAAAGUAUGACGGCGAUGGUGCUUUAUCCUCGUCUUUGUACACCGCAACACAAAUACAUGCAUCAGACCAGAGAAGGGAUAGUAAGUUCCUAGCAAAGAAAUCGAAACAGGAAAGUCAACGACGAAAGAUGAAAAUGCAAAUAUGGAGCGGAGUUGUUACGAUAACGCUACUUGAGGGACGCAAUCUGAUUCCAAUGGAUGAUAAUGGACUUAGCGAUCCUUACAUCAAAUUCAAGCUGGGUCAUGAGAAGUAUAAGAGUAAGGUUGAGAACAAAACUUUAAACCCUCAUUGGAUGGAACAAUUUGAUCUUCAUCUCUAUGACGACCAGAGUAAUAUCUUAGAACUUUCAGUUUGGGAUAAAGAUGUUGGUGCCAGAGAUGAGAUUAUGGGGAGAUCUACCAUAGACCUGAACGAACUGAAGAAGGAGGUCACACAUAACAUCGAACAGGAGCUUGAAGAUGGCGCUGGUGUCGUUUGUCUUCUACUCACAAUCUCAGGAACAUCUGGAGGGGAAGCUGUCUCUGACCUCUCAAACUACAAAGUUGACCCCAACUUAAGAAGAGAUCUUGUUGAACGAUAUAGUUUACGAGGCUCUUUAAAGGAUAUAAAAGAUGUUGGUUGGUUGCAAGUGAAAGUUAUACGAGCACAAAAUCUGACAUCAGCUGAUAUCGGAGGCAAGAGUGAUCCAUUUUGCGUUCUUGAACUAGUCAAUACCCGUCUCCAAACGCAAACAAUUUAUAAAACACUAAAUCCAGACUGGGGAAAGGUGUUCACUUUCAACGUGAAAGAUAUUCAUUCGGUUCUUGAAAUUACCGUCUACGAUGAAGAUAAACAUGGAAGUCCAGAAUUUUUGGGAAAAGUAGCAGUUCCUUUAUUAAAUAUUAAAAAUGGUGAGAGAAAGUUCUACUCGUUGAAGGACAAGAAGUUAAGGGCAAGGGUCAAAGGGGCUAUUCUAUUGGAAAUGGAAUUUAUUUUCAACACUGUAAAAGCUGCCAUUCGAACUCUGAACCCUCGUGAAGUUAAGUAUAUGGAGCUGGAACAGAAGUUCAAGAUCUCGCUAUUACAACGCAAUGUUAAUCGCACAUCAAAACUCUUAGGCCACAUCCUUGAAACAGGGAAAUUUAUCAACAGUUGUUUCCAAUGGGAAAGUAAACCAAGAAGUAUUACUGCAUUCAUUGCAUACCUCAUAAUUGUAUGGAACUUUGAGCUCUAUAUGUUGCCAACGGCCAUUCUGCUCAUCUUCUUCUGGAAGUAUCUUAUUAACAGUAUAACCGCUCCAUUCAACAAGAAUGUUGAGGAAGAUCACAAAAAGAAAAAUUCUAAGGGGAGAAGGGCACCUUCACCUGAAGUAUCUCUGAGUGAAUAUGGUGAUAGUGAGGAAGAUGAUGACGAUGACGACAAAGAUAAGCCAAAGAAGAACAAGGAAGAAAAAAAAAGUUUUAGAGAAAAGUUAGCAAUCAUAGAAAAAGUCUGCCAAACCAUUCAGAACAAGUUAGAUGAAAUUGCAUGUCUUGGAGAAAGGCUCAAAAAUACAUUUAAUUUUACUGUACCGUGGUUGUCUUUCCUACUCAUCUUCAUCCUGUGUGUUGCUACAUUAAUCCUGUAUUUGAUUCCUCUACGAAUACUCCUCCUUGCAUGGGGUAUUAAUAAAUUUACUAAGAAGUUACGGAAGCCUCAUGCAAUUAAUAAUAAUGAGUUACUGGACUUUUUAUCAAGAGUGCCUUCUGAUAAUGAACUGCAUCAGUACCGGGAACUACGACCAGAAGGUUUAAAAGGUGACAGUGCCAAACUCAAAAGAAAAUAGCCAAAUUAUCAAGUUCUGCAACCAGUGAAGUUCAAGCUAUUGAGGGUGCUUGUCAGUGUUAUUAAUUAACACCAUCUUAGUCAAAAUUAUGUCAUUACAAUUAACAGUGGAAGUUAAUCACAAUUAAAUGGAGUGAAGGAUACUUACUGUGUUCAAAUGCCUUCUUGUUUUUAUUACAACUAACUGAUGAUCUUGAAUAUGUCGUCCACCUGUUCAGGGCCAGUACCCAUUUCUCAAAUUCUUAAUUCAACCCUAAUCCAGCUAAUAUUUUAUUCAUUAUAUUUUAUAUAUUUUUAUUCACAAUUUACAAUUAAUUAUUACAUAAAGUUGAAUUUAGUUUAAAUGAAUCCUAUAACCAAUUGCGUUCAAAAUAUGAUUAAUAUACUGUAAAAACUAGAUUGGUUCAUUUCUCAGAAGGUUAUUGCCUAUUAUUUAUUUGGUUGUUUUCUCUAAUUUAUGUGGCUUAUUUUUGUAAUACAUUUCGAUAAAAAUGGUUCAAUGCAUUGUGUAUUAAUUUUUGUUUUUCAAGGGCAGUAUAUUUUUCAUGUUCUGCCUUGCCAAUAUGUUAGCAAUUUACAGUUACAAGCAACACAGCCAGUCAAGUGUAUAAAUUCAUCAAAAUGUCCACGAUAUAUUAUCUUUAUAUCAUAUUAGGUUUUACUUAUCGAUUUUAUUGAUGGUAUCUUUACAAUAUUUGAUGUUUAGAUGUAACUUUCCAAAAAAUGGUGCUUUUUAUAUUAUUUGAAAUAAGUUGUGUGGAAAUGUUAUUGUCAUCAUUAGGUUUAUCAAUUCUGAUGUCAUUAUUAUCAUAUAUUAUUAUCAAAAAUUGUUCAUCAACUGAACUUUAUUACAAUUAAAAAGUUGCAUUGAGAAAUUGGAAAGAUUUUGCAUAAACCAUCAGAAUUACCUCAGCAUUGUAGACCUUCCAUGAUGCUUUGGAUAAUUCUGCAGAGCGCUGUUAGAUGUUUUAUGAGAAAAUAACAAAAGUUGAAAAGAGAUUAAUACAGUACAGUAUGAAUUAUUGUGUAUGAAACAUUAAAAACCACUAUCCCAUAAUGCUUUGGGAUAACACCACAAUGUAUACAAAAACUGUUGAUUGAAAUGAAGUUAUUGUUGAUAAUUUUAUUCUUUGUGUCGACUCAAAAUUGAUUUUGUCAAUAUGUAAUUUAACCUGGCAUCAAAGUAUCUGUUGGUAAUCCAUGAUUGUUAUUGAUGUUUCCAUUUACAAAUUAUAUAGUACUAGUCAGAGUGAUAAGCCAUAUUAAUUUUUAGAAUCUUAAUUUAGUUUUAUAUUAUUUAGAUGUAGUUGUACAGUGUAUAGCUUUAAUAGAAUUGUAAAGUAGUAUUAUUAAUAAUUAUUUGUUUAUUUUUUAUUAUUAGUAGUAUAUUUAUGAAAUUUAUCUUUUAUGCCUAUUUUUUUAUUAUUAUGGAAUGUUUAUUUUUGUAAGGGUUGUGGACAAAUGUUGACUGGAAACAAACCCUCUAUAUGAAUUGUCCCAUAAUCUUUAAUACCAUGUUUGAGCACUAGAAUUAUUUGCAGGCAAGAUGCAGAUGUUGCAAGUCCCAGGAGUCCCCCGGAAAUUGAGACGGCCUCCCAUACUCCCGUAAGCAAGCAAAAAUGUCACGGAAAAUCUUAAAGUUUGCAUGUUUUUUACUACAGUAUUGUAUUAUCAAUUGUCUCCCCGGAAAUCAGUGCCGAUAGGUUACACCACACACAGCAAAAUAAGAUUAGAUAUGUUAAAGAAAGCCCAUUCAACCAGGUCUCAGGAAAGUGGCUUCAUCCAACUUGGGACCCCUGAAGACGCAAUCUGUCUUGUACUCCAUUAAGCAAAGAAGGAAUGACAGGGAAAAUAUUAAUUAAAACAGGCCAAGAGUAGUGAUUGUAAUUUUGUCAACUAGCCCUGAAUCUCUCGAGUGAUAUGAUAAAACUUUAAAAUUAAAUUAUGUGCAAUAUAUUAACAUAAAUUGACUGAGUAGAAUUAUGAAGGAACUGAAUCGUUCAUACAGUCAAGAUUGAGUUUAUUAAUUUUCAAUAUGGCAGGUACAAGUUAAUAAGGUAUUUUUUAAAUUACAAAUUUCCCAAUUAAAGUAAAAAGAUUAUUAGUUAUUAAGUUGAAACUUGGUAAAGUGUUUUUUUUUUUUCUUGUUACAAUUUUGAAGUAUGGUAUACACUAUUAUUCCACUUUAGAUCCUAUCCUAUUUUAUCUCAUACACAUUCAUUAUAAUCAUCACCAUUUAAAACUUAUCAAUAUAAUCUUCUCAAAUUUCUUAUUCAAGUUAUUAAUUGUAUAGUGGUACUCUUUUAUAAAACUUUAACAGUAGUAUACACUAAAAUGAAACUUCUGAAGUUUUUUGAACGGUCAUUAAUUUGUUUCUAUUGUACUGCCCCCCUGUAGAAUACCUGGUGGUAAAUCAGGGAAAGUUAUACAUUUGAAUACAGGUGAACAUAAUUUUCUCUCUGAAAAAAAAAAUUGAUUUGUGUACUAAUUAAAGUAGUUGUAUGUAUUGGGCACUUCCUGUAAUUCCAGGAUUCCAAUUCAAUAAUAUAAUGAGUCUAGUAUUACCAUAUAUCUAUGCCUUAAUUGAUGUUGAGACUUGUACGCUGCAGGGCGUAUUUAAGGUCCUGUUUUUGCAUCUAAAGAAUUUUAUCCUGUAGCUUAACAAUUUAAAAAUAGCAUCUGUACAAAUUUUCUACAUGAUAAAUCUGUUAUGGGAAUACUGAGUUAGCUUUUAGCUAUGGAAAGUAAUUUGAAAGUGUCUUGUAAUAUUUUCUAUGCUAUUUGUAAAUUUACGAUUGCAAUGCUUUAAUAUAGGGUGAAUUGUAUGAACAAUUUAUUAUAUCGAAUGAUUUAGCAAUGUGGCAUGUACAUAGAACUUGGAUAUUAUAUAUAAAAAUUGCAAGUUGAGAACAAUUGAUGAAUUGUGAAUUUUCUAACUGCUGGUAUGUAUUGGUUUACCAAGCCAGCCAGGUUGUGAUUACUUUCUAUUUUUCCACUGGAAUAAACAUAAU